GACUAGUGCAACAUGCCGCUGGUGAAGAGAAAUAUUGAACCCCGGCACUUGUGCCGUGGGGCUCUGCCAGAUGGGGUGACCAGUGAACUGGAGUGUGUCACCAACAGCACACUAGCUGCCAUCAUUAAACAGCUGGGCAGUCUGAGUCGCCAUGCAGAGGAUAUUUUCGGAGAGCUGUUUAAUGAAGCCAACAGCUUCUAUCUGAGGAUGAGCAGUCUGCAGGAGAGAGUGGACCAACUGGCUGUGAAAGUCACCCAGCUCGACUCCACUGUGGAGGAAGUCUCCUUGCAAGACAUCAACAUGAGAAAGGCCUUUAAGAGCAGCACCAUUCAGGACCAGCAGGUAGUGUCCAGAACCUCCGUGCCCAACCCAGUGGUGGAGAUGUACCACCGCUGCGACAAGCCCCCGCCACUCAACAUCCUCACCCCCUACAGGGACGACAAGAAGGAUGCGCUGAAGUUCUACACUGACCCCUCCUACUUCUUCAACCUGUGGAAGGAGAAGAUGCUGCAGGCCACGGAGGACAAACGCAAAGAGAAGAGGCGGCAGAAGGGCUGUCCGGCCCACCCUGACAGGCCCCACUCCAGACAGGCCCCACCCAGGAGCCCCCUGUCCAUCUCUGAGCAGCAGAGACAGGUUGAAGAUCCGACCAGAGAAGUGAAGAAGGUGCGUAAGGCYCGUAAUCGACGUCAAGAAUGGAACGUCCUGGCCUACGAUAAAGAGUUUAGACCGGAUGCCAGGCUCACCCCUUCUCCUUACCAUGGCAUGUCCUCUGAAGGCUCCCUAUCCCCUGACAGCAGGUCAAUGGCAUCUGACUCCUACCCAGCAAGCCCCAACCACCCCUCAGCCCAGGCCUCCAGCACCGCUCACCCUGCGGACCACCAUGCCCGGGACCAUCUCAAUGCAGCCCAGACUCAGUCACUGGAUCGGGGUCUUAGGCCAGUUAAUCAGCCCCCAGGAGCUGCUGGGGCUGCAGCAGGUCGGCAUGUGGCCUCUCUGGGCAGGACUCCUUCAGGACAUGGGGUCCAGGCUGGAGGAGAUCCCACAGUUAAUGGACCGAGGCAGCAGUCAAUUAAAGACUACCGAGCCGGACACAG